UGGCCCAGGGUUGGUGUAAUUUGCUUGACUGGUGUUGCUACAUAUCUGAGUGGAUGUGUUUUCACAGAGCUUUUAAAUCCAUCCAUUGAAUGUUUCAGCCAGCAAAGGUGGACUCACUAAGCACUACGAGGUGAACCAUACAGUGCUUACGUAGGACCUUGACUGUGCCAGAGACUGGAUACGUGCUGCACAGUACUGGAGAGCACCCAGCCCGCCAGAGCUUCCCUGAGUCGGUAAAUUCACCUCGGAUCACCAUCGGAGGAUUUUGUAAUUCGCAAGUCGGAUCGGAUUCGAUCACUUUGGUCGCAGGAAAGAUUCGGAGUCAGAUUAUGGCGCUUGUAGUGAUGUGUGGGCAGCCCUGCAGUGGCAAGUCGUCCGCUGCCGCAGCUCUCAUCAAAGCUCUGGAGAAGGCCAAAUCAAAACCGGUGUCGCUCAUCAACGAGCCUUCCUUAAACCUCGAUCGCAAUGAAUCAUUCAAAGACAUGCCUAGCGAAAAGAAUCUCCGCGGAGUCUUGAGGUCUGCCGUGGAUCGAAAAUCUUCGAAGGACGCAAUAGUGAUUAUCGACUCGCUGAACAACAUCAAGGGUUACCGAUAUGAGUUGUGGUGCUUGGCAAGAGCUGCAGGGAUACUCUAUUGUGUGUUGCAUUGCGAUGCAGGUGAGGAGGACUGCAGAGCUUGGAAUCAGCUUAGGCAGAAAGAAGGUGCAGCUUCUUAUGAAGAUAGAAUUUUUGAUGAUUUAGUCAGGCGGUUCGAGAGGCCAGAUGGGAAAAACCGUUGGGAUUCUCCCCUUUUUGAGCACAAGUCAGCUCUAGAGAAAAUUGACGAAACAUCCGAGGCUAUAGUGAAAGCGACAGCUUUUUUAACUGGUUCGGGAGUGCCUGGGUCAAGAAACUCUGGAGUUUUGCAACCAACAGUUGCCACUCAGACGACUCGUCAUGCUGAUACCAACUCUCUCUAUGAACUAGAUCGAGCAACACAGGAGGUCAUGAAAAUACUUGUGGAGGCGCAGACACAAGGUUCGGGGGCAGUUGUCCGCAAGGUGCCAAUAGGCGAUGGUAUUCCAGAGAUAAGCCUUCAGAGAAGCGUGGGGCUACCAGAGCUACGGAGGUUGAAACGCACCUUCGUCAAACUGGCGAGCCAGACAAGUCUGUCAGGAACAGAUUAAGUCAGUGCAAGCGAAACUGCCUUUUCAUAUAUUUGGCAACGAGCCAGCGGAACCGAGGAAAAAUUACGAAGAGUUGGAUGAGGAUGCUGCGCUACGGGUUGAUGCUCACAAUUCAGGAGGACAUGUUCGAUAUUCAAUCGGUGGCUGGAGAUCAACUAGUACUUGAAGCCGAUGUUAGUAACAAACAGAAGGAGAACGACAGAGAAGUCUGCCAUUACAAGUCAAAAGAAGACUAGCUGAUGCUGAUCACUGAGUUUUUGAUAGAAGAAACGACGACUGAAGAGUUGUAUGAGCAUGGGAGUCCAAGGUUUGCGUAACACACUUAUUCUAUCUCCACAACGAAGAACGCUCCUUCAUUACUACCACAGACUCGAUAGCUUCAAAAAGUCUAUAUUAUAGUUUGCAGCCAGCCUGUACCAACAGCCUAGAGGAGAAGAACCUACAAUACUACAAAAGAGAAAUUUCCAGCAGUGAGAGAUAUAGCAUCAUAUCUGAAGAAUCCAACGAACACACCCAACUUGCUGAUUUGUCGUGUGAAGACCAUACGUCUGUUGAAGUGACUUCUAAGCUUUUACACUGGAUUGAAGCCUUCAGAGUCUUCAAUCCUCGUUCGGCCUCCAUCAGCUUCGAGUAUAGCCUGUGAUUUUGUCAGAUGGGGUUCCAAGCUAUAUUAACGAGGUAGGACCUUAAUAGUAACUCCAAACGACUCACCUUUCCCGACCCUUCUGGUUAUAAGUUCUUUCCAUCGUCGUAUCUUUAAAGAUAUAAUUUGCAAAAAAGAAAAGUUUUUACCUGCUACAUAAAGGGA